CCAACUCAUGGCUUCCUUGUUCAUCCUUGUUCUAGCUCUUCUCUAUAAUUCACAUGUUUGGGGUUCCCCUUUGGUUGGAGGAGAGACACAAGAAAGAAACGAAGCAGUGGCUCUUCUAAGGUGGAAAGCCAACCUUGAUAACGAAAGCCAAACCUUCCUGUCUUCUUGGUUUGGAAGCAGCCCUUGCAACAAUUGGGUUGGGAUUGCUUGUUGGAAGCCGAAGCCCGGAAGCGUCACGCACUUAAACCUUAGCGGUUUUGGUUUGAGAGGUACACUCCAAAAUCUCAGUUUCUCAUCAAUCUCCAACCUCCUUAGUUUCAAUCUUUAUAACAACUCAUUCUAUGGAACCAUUCCCACCCAUGUUAGUAAACUUUCCAAACUCACCAACCUUGAUUUGUCCUUCAAUCAUCUGGUAGGAUCAAUUCCUGCUUCCAUAGGAAACUUGGGAAACUUGACUGCUUUGUACCUUCACCAUAACCAACUCUCUGGUUCCAUUCCUUCAGAAAUUGGACUCUUAAAAUCCCUUAUCAUUGUUGAUCUUUCAGAUAAUAAUCUCAAUGGUACAAUCCCUCCUUCCAUAGGAAACUUGAUCAACUUGGCCACCCUAUCCCUUUCUGGUAACAAACUUUUCGGGUCCGUCCCUUGGGAAAUUGGACAGCUAAGAUCUCUUACCAGUCUAAGUUUGUCGAAUAAUAGUUUCACGGGUCCAAUCCCUUCUUCCCUGGGAAACUUGGUCAAUUUAACCGUUUUGUGCUUCCUUAAUAACAAAUUUUCUGGCCCCAUUCCUUCAAAAAUGAAUAAUCUUAUUCAUUUGAAAGCUUUGCAAUUGGGUGAGAAUAAAUUCAGUGGCCAUUUGCCGCAACAAAUAUGCCUUGGUGGAGCUCUUGAAAAUUUUACAGCUCAUAACAAUAAUUUCACUGGCCCUAUCCCAAAGAGCUUGAGAAACUGCUCCACACUUUUCAGAGUUAGGCUUGAAAGCAACCAACUUACAGGAAAUAUAUCAGAGGAUCUUGGUAUAUAUCCAAACUUAAAUUAUAUUGAUUUAAGUAACAACAAUUUGUAUGGUGAGCUUUCUUAUAAAUGGGGACUAUGCAAAAACUUGACAUUCUUGAAAAUCUCCAACAAUAAUAUUUCUGGUACAAUUCCUCCUGAGCUUGGGAAUGCAGCUCGAUUACAUGUACUUGACCUAUCUUCAAAUGGUCUACACGGGGACAUUCCAAAGAAAUUGGGUAGCUUGACAUUAUUGUUUGAUUUGGCUCUGAGUAACAACAAACUUUCAGGCAACCUUCCUUUGGAAAUGGGAAUGCUAUCUGAUUUUCAACAUCUUAACUUGGCAUCAAACAACUUAAGUGGCUCAAUUCCUAAACAACUAGGAGAGUGUUGGAAAUUACUGUCCUUGAAUUUGAGCAAGAAUAAUUUUGAAGAAAGCAUUCCAUCUGAGAUCGGCAAUAUGAUCUCUCUUGGAAGUCUCGAUCUUAGUGAAAAUAUGCUUACAGGAGAAAUACCACAGCAGCUUGGCAAAUUGCAGAACCUAGAAAUAUUGAAUCUCUCUCAUAAUGGACUCUCUGGUUCUAUACCAUCCACUUUCAAGGAUAUGCUGGGCCUUAGUUCUGUUGAUAUAUCGUACAACCAAUUAGAGGGUCCUCUUCCCAACAUCAAAGCCUUUCGAGAGGCUUCGUUUGAGGCACUUAGAAACAAUAGUGGCUUGUGUGGAACUGCUGCUGUUCUGAUGGCCUGUAUCUCCUCUAUAGAGAACAAAGCUAGUGAGAAGGACCAUAAAAUUGUGAUUUUGAUCAUAAUCCUUAUCUCGAGCAUUCUAUUUCUUCUCUUCGUUUUCGUGGGACUUUAUUUUCUUCUUUGUCGAAGGGUGAGGUUCAGAAAACACAAGUCAAGAGAGACUUGUGAAGAUCUAUUUGCAUUAUGGGGCCAUGAUGGAGAGAUGUUGUAUGAAGACAUCAUCAAGGUAACUAAGGAGUUCAAUUCGAAAUAUUGCAUUGGUGGGGGAGGAUAUGGAACGGUUUAUAAGGCCGAGCUACCAACUGGUAGAGUUGUUGCUGUGAAAAAGCUUCAUCCACAACAAGAUGGGGGGAUGGCUGACUUGAAAGCUUUUACUGCUGAGAUUCGUGCUUUAACAGAAAUGAGACAUCGCAACAUUGUGAAACUCUAUGGGUUUUGUUCACAUGCAGAACACACAUUUUUAAUUUAUGAGUUUAUGGAAAAGGGAAGCCUAAGACACAUUCUAAGCAAUGAGGAAGAAGCACUGGAAUUGGACUGGAGCAUGAGGCUGAAUAUUGUGAAAGGUGUCGCGGAGGCAUUAUCUUACAUGCAUCAUGAUUGCUCACCCCCUAUAAUUCAUAGGGAUAUAUCCAGUAGCAAUGUUUUACUGGAUUCUGAAUACGAAGGUCACGUAUCGGACUUUGGCACAGCAAGGCUCUUAAAGCCUGACUCCUCCAAUUGGACCUCAUUUGCAGGCACCUUUGGGUACACUGCUCCAGAGCUUGCUUACACAUUGGAAGUGAAUGAUAAAACCGAUGUUUUUAGUUUUGGAGUGGUAACAUUGGAAGUGCUUAUGGGAAGACAUCCUGGUGAUCUCAUCUCAUACCUAUCAUCCUCAUCACCAUCUUCUUCAACGUCUUAUUUUUCACUGUUGAAAGAUGUGUUAGACCCUCGCCUGUCACCUCCCACGGAUCAAGUCGUUGAAGAAGUUGUCUUUGCUAUGAAGCUAGCAUUUACAUGCUUGCAUGCUAAUCCCAAAUCUCGGCCAACCAUGCGACAAGUUUCUCAAGCACUAUCCAGUAAGCAGAAGCCUCAGCAGCAGCAGCAGCAACAGGUUUCUAGCUCAGCAUCUCAACCCAGCAGAUCAAUCUCAGCAUCUCAACUUCCAGCUGAACUUCUCAACCUCCCAACCUCCUAACAGAUUCUAGUUAUGCUAACUAUUUACUAGAUUUAGAAAGUAACUCUUCUCUGUAUGUUUGAAUAAAUAACUCUCCUCUGUAUUCUAUAAACAGAACACCCUUUAUAUCCUGAAAUAUAAUAGCAAAGAGGAAGAUGUUCUCUGUAAUUCUUUCACUAAAAUAGCUAAGUGAAAGAAUUCUAAUAUCAUA